CCAUCGGCGAAGUCGAGAUCCUCCAAGUUUUUCGUGUGUGUCCAUUUUAUGCCUGUUUCCUCAUUGCUUGCUGUUUGUCGCAUUAUCCAGUCUACUGCAAUCAGGAAAAUCAUUGGCGAUAGUAGGCAGCCAGCCAGCUUGUCUUAUUCCUGUCCUCACUUCGAAGGAUUCUGUAAGUUUCCCGUUGUGGAUUACUUGGCAUGCAGCAUUGUCGUACAGCUGUUGGAUGAGAUGUAUAAUUGUCGGUGGCACCCCGUAGUAACGAAGUAUUUGCCAAAGCAACUCUCGAUCGACACUGUCUGUCGAAGGCCUUUUCAAAGUCGAUGAAGUUGAGAUAGAGAGGUGACUGCCAUUCCAAGCUUUGUUCAAUGAUGAUCCGUAAUGUGGCGAUCUGAUCAAUGCAUGACUUGUUUCUCCUGAAUCCAGCCUGUUCCGGUCGAAGUUUUUCAUCCAGGUUGGCAUGUUUGAUUCUCUCCAGGAUGAUGCGGCUUAGUAUUUUGCUUUGGAUGGACAGGAGCAUAAUUCCGCG